ACCGAGAACAGCUGGAACAGCCCGGACGCCUCGAUCUUGGGCACGCUGGGCCGCAGCGCGGACUCGAUGCGCCGCAUCUUGGUGGUCUCGCUGGCGGCGUGGGCGGCGUUGUACAUCUUGAUGAUGUUGAGGAGGUCUCUGUUGUUCUCGUAAAAAUUGUGAAGGUCUUUAUGUCAGUCAUUUUACUUUUAGCCGCCCCUGGGGGGCGGGGAGGGGGGAUGAGAAAUUAUUCUUUGUGUUGCUGACGGGCCCAGCGCGGAAGUGACGGGCUUCCACAAAUAACACCACGUGAAAUACCCGACAGAAUCAACGCCGAAAGAAGAAGAAGAAGAACAAAAGGAACUCACCCUAGGUUGCCAGACCCCAGCCCCGACAUCUUCAGCCUGUGAACGGCGGCCGGAGUCGAAAUACCUAGCCCACUGCCACUGCAACUGCCUGUGUUGCCAAUGCUGCCAAUACUACCGCUGUGAUACUCCUUCACCGGCUCGACAAUGGUCACCAUCUUGGGACCUGCUGUUACGGCGGCACUAGCGGACGAAAUCAUCUUAAGGCUACUCCUCUUACUCCUCUUGCUGUUCACGAGUGGACUUUGGAGGCUGGUCGUCGCUGCGGGAGUCGGUGUCGUCGUGGUCGUCGAGCUGUACCGCCUCGAGCCUCGAUGGACGGCAGAGUUGUUGCCCGUUCUGGCAGGCUCGUCGGCUGCCUGGACAGAAGUGGUGAUGGUAGCGGUAGCGGUGGCGGUAGCGGCAACAGCAGCAGCAGCAGCAGCAGGCGUAGGCUGCGUCCGGAUAGAGUAGAGAAUCUUGGCGGCUGCUCUUUGCGCGCCUCCGUGAGGGUUGUGUCUAGUUUAGUCUAGAUUCGCUUCGUCUCGGCUUUGUUGCUACAACACGUUUGCUGUUUGCAGCAGCAGCAGCGUGACUGUGGUAAUGUUAUCGCUACGAAGACUUCAUUAAUGUCAGAAUAGUACCGCGGCGUCUGCGCAUGCUGCCAAGGAAAUUUUCGUAGAACGGUCUUUUUGCCAGUAGUCUUUUCGCGCUAUCCUGGCGGCAUCGAGCAGUCGUUUAUAUAUGUCGAAUCCAAGUGCAUGAUUUAUAG